AUGGCAGAUACCGCUGUUGCGACUGAAACUCCAGCUCCGGCUACACCCGUCAAAAAACCAAAAACAUCCGCGAGUGGUGGUGCUUCCGCGGGCGCUAAGAAACCUAAAGCUAAACCGAGCCAUCCGAAGACGUCGGAAAUGGUGAACAGCGCUAUUGCCGAACUCAAGGAGCGCAGCGGCUCGUCUUUACAAGCAAUCAAGAAAUACAUAGCGGCCCAGUACAAGGUGGAUGCUGAAAAAUUAGCACCGUUCAUAAGAAAGUAUCUGAAGAACGCCGUCGAAUCCGGUACUCUAAUACAGACUAAAGGCAAGGGAGCUUCCGGAUCUUUUAAACUGGAAUCGAAGACCUCCGCUUCUAAGAAACCCGGUUCCGGAUCUGGUGGUGCGUCCGGUGGCAGUUCCGUAAGGGCAGCAAAGGGCAACGCUUCGUCCGCUUCCGCUUCGGCAGCGUCUAAAGGCGGCAGCAGCAACAAAAAGGGAGGGGCCGGCGCCGGUGGUGCCGCUUCGACUUCUUCGGGGGCGGCUGCCGGCAGGGCCGGAAAGAAAGCGGCUGCAGCGUCAGCUUCAUCGCCGUCGAAAGGUAAAUCUUCGAUUGCCGCAACCGCCGCAGUUUCGGUAAAGGAGAAAAGAGCCGCCGCCGCCGCGAAAAAGAAGCCCGCCGCCGCUGCUAGGAAGUCUGGAGCGAGCGCUAAAGCUGCGGCCGCCAAGAGCGCGCCGAAAGCUAAGAAAACAGCUAAACCACCAACAAAGAAACCGAAAGCGCCUAAACCGAAAAAGGCCACCGCCUCGACGCCUAAAACGAAACCUUCGGCCAAAAAAGCGUCCGCCGCUUCGAAGAAGUGAUUCAUUGGGUACAACAGCAGCAGCACACAAUGAUUUAAAAAUACAUACAAAUAUAUUAAAACGAACCAACCA